AUGGUGCUCAACUACAUACGACGCACCCUGCACGGGUCGAACCUGGAGAUCUUCAAAUUCGGGCUGUACCUAUCCUUCCCGAUCGGCUACAUGUACUAUUUCGGGACGAAUCUUGAGAAUCGGUUCUCGGUGCCGGGCUUCUGGCCGACACAGGAACAGGGCCACAAAAUCCCGUACGAGCGCGAGGACAUCAAGGCCGAGGUGGAGCGCAUCCAACGCGACAUGCGCGAGCGCGAGGGCGAGAGGCGCCGGAGGACCGAGAGUGCUUUUGACGCCGUGAGGCAGAAGUUGAGGGAGGACAAGGUUGAUGGUGAUGCUUGA